CAAACAAUCAUAGGAAAGUGCAGAAUUUGGAAGAAGGGUGCCUAAAGAUUUCAUGUGUUAGGUAUUACAAUCCCUAAUAUUAUAAAGCAAUCGUACAGUUUAUGAAUAAAGAGGGGAGACGAACGUGCAGUAGAACGUUUCUUCAUUAAGGAAUUGCUAUUUUUAAGUUUUUUGGACGUAUCAUCUCUUGCUAGACAGGCUUUGAAUUGAACGACGAAACGGACUCAACAAAACAAAGAUGGCGUGUGCCACUUUAAAGCGAUCUUAUGAAUUUGAUCCAGUUCUCAGUCCACAACAACAACCAUGUCAAAAGAGAAGGAGGUACAUGACAGUCAAAUCUAACCCAACCUCAUCUGUCAAGGAUAAAUCAAAGUUCUUUGAAGCAACACCUAAUUUAACAUCAGAAAUUGCUCAAAAUGUUGAGCAGGAAUGGAGGAGGUAUCAGAAAAGGAAACGAUUGGCCGUUCUUUCACCAUCAUCGAGUACAGACGUGCAGCAUUCACUACCUUCAGUUGUAACACAACCAGCUUCGACCAUCACUGCAUCUUCAAGUGAUAGCAAACCUAUUUUUACAUUGAAACAAGUACAGAUAAUUUGUGAAAGAAUGCUUAAGGAAAGAGAGGAAACUUUAAGAGAAGAGUAUGAUAAGGUUUUAAACCAGAAAUUAUCAGAAAACAUGAAAACAGUUGGUAUUGUUUUAAUGAAUUAUCUUCUGGUUUAUCUUAUUUGUUUUCACUUUAAGAUGUAUCAUAAGAUCCUUUUGAAGGAAAUACUAACUGGCUCUACAUUCUUUUGGUGGGACAAACAAAUGUCAAGUCUUAUAAUGUAUAUAAAAAUAUAUAUCACGGACUUGACAAUUUGUGAAAAAUAGGUUAGUCUGAUAUUAAUUUUAAUAAUCAAACCAAAUUAAUUUUGUAAAUAAUUUUGCUGUAAAAUUUGUAUUGUUGAAUUAAAGAUUGUUUGGAAUUGUUUUGGUA